CGCGGGCGGCGCGCGCGCUGCACUCUCUCCUCACGCCGGGACCUAGGCUAUCUGAGAGGCGCGCGAUGCUGGCGACGCUGGCGAGGGUCGUGGCUCUGCGGAGAACCCGCCUCCUCUUCGGCCCGGGCGGCGGGAGGGGUUUGUGGACCGGCCGCCCGCAGUCAGAUACUGACAAUAUGAAGCCCUUGGAGGGUGUAAAAAUUCUGGAUCUAACAAGAGUACUGGCGGGACCUUUUGCUACUAUGAAUUUAGGAGAUCUUGGAGCAGAAGUUAUAAAAGUGGAAAGACCAGGAGCUGGUGAUGAUACACGAACUUGGGGGCCACCUUUUGUGGGGACAGAAAGUACUUAUUUCCUCAGUGUUAAUCGAAAUAAAAAAAGUAUAGCUGUUAAUAUCAAGGAUCCCAAAGGGGUGAAAAUCAUCAAAGAGCUUGCAGCUGUUUGUGAUGUAUUUGUGGAAAACUACGUCCCUGGCAGGCUGUCUGCUAUGGGCCUUGGAUAUGAAGAUAUAGACAAGAUUGCCCCUCACAUCAUCUACUGUUCCAUCACAGGGUAUGGCCAGACAGGCCCACUGUCUCAGCGAGCUGGUUAUGAUGCUGUUGCCUCUGCUGUUUCUGGUCUGAUGCAUAUCACAGGGCCUGAGGAUGGAGACCCAGUUCGUCCGGGAGUGGCCAUGACUGAUCUCGCUACUGGCCUGUAUGCAUAUGGAGCCAUUAUGGCUGGAUUGAUACAAAGAUACAAAACAGGGAAAGGACUGUUCAUUGAUUGUAACCUACUGUCAUCUCAGGUGGCAUGUUUGACCCAGGUAGCUGCUAAUUAUCUCAUUGGCCAAAAGGAAGCAAAACGUUGGGGCACGGCUCACGGCAGUAUCGUUCCUUACCAGGCUUUUAAAACCAAGGAUGGAUAUCUUGUGGUUGGAGCAGGAAACAAUCAGCAGUUUGCUACUGUGUGCAAGAUCUUGAAUUUGCCUGAACUGAUUGAUGACUCCAAGUAUAAAACUAACCACCUUCGUGUACAGAAUAGAAAAGAACUUAUCAAAAUACUGUCUGCACGGUUUGAAGAAGAAAUGACCAGCAAGUGGUUAUACCUCUUCGAAGGCAGCGGGGUUGCGUAUGGCCCAAUCAACGACAUGAAGAACGUAUUUGCAGAACCCCAGAUGAGAGGUUGUCUACCUUUGAGCCUCUAAUUAUCUGCUGCAGAUGCUGAAAGGUUGGAAGGAUCCUCCAAGCGUCCACUGUUAAGUCAGUCAAGAAUACUGUGCGGGUUUUGGUCUGUAUUUACGGAGAGCUUAGGGAAAUUUUGAUCCAAAAGCCUUUUAGUGGUAGUUUUAUUGCUUUUCUCCCUCGGUGAUAAAUUAUCUGUGGAAAAUUCUGUGUAUUCUGUAGAACUGAGUAAUAUUGAUUAUCUGCAUGUAGAUUUUAAGAGUCAUUUUUUAAGUGCUCUCUUAAAAUAUCUUUUUUUAACCAGGCCAAGAUUGUGCAGUACAUUAAAGGAAUUCUUAAAAAGUUUAAAAAACUUGCUAGAUGACCUCAGUAUGGUCCUAUUUAACAUACCCUGGGGAACAUGUGCAUGAAAUGCAUUGUGGUUUGAGGUUUUCCAACCCAAACAAACUUAAAAGAAAAUGCAGCUUUUAAUAGAAACUCUUCAGAUUCCUGUAAAAAUAGGUAUGGAUCCCACCAAUGAGAGCAGUUAACAGCAUCAUUAUCUACCAUGAGAAUCAAAAGAGAUUGUGUGAUCCUGUUUUUUGUAUUUUGCUUAAGAUCGUGUAUCUG